AUGGAUGAUCUUUAUGACGAAUUCGGUAACUUUAUCGGCGAGGCUGUCGAGUCGGACGAGGAAGACCAGAGAUCAGAGACAGGCGCGGAUGCCUAUGUCGACUACGAUGAUGCUUCGAUCGCAGGCCAUGAGGGUGGUGAUCAACAAUUGAUGGAGCUUGAUGACGAAGGUCCAUCAAACGCGGUUGUGCUCCACGAAGAUAAGCAAUACUAUCCGACCGCCGCGCAAACAUAUGGCGCAGAUGUAGAAGCUAUGGUUGAAGAGGAGGAUGCACAACCUUUGUCCGAACCCAUUAUAGCUCCUAUUAAGGUAAAGAAAUUUACUGUUGAGGAAACGGAUCUUCCAAAGACCUAUUUCUCUAGGGAGUUUAUGAUGGAUCUUAUGAGCUUCCCAGAUCAAGUACGAAAUAUUGCGCUAGUUGGACAUCUACACCAUGGAAAGACUGCAUUCAUGGAUAUGUUAGUGCUUGAAACUCACGACCUGGGUGCAAAUACAGAAGGGAAGAAGGGCGAGCAACUCCGAUACACAGAUACCCAUAUUGUUGAGCGCGAGCGAGGUGUCUCAAUCAAGUCUGCCCCUAUGUCUCUCGUACUUCAAUCCUCCAGGGGAAAAUCUAGCCUUGUCAACAUCAUAGACACUCCCGGUCACGUUAAUUUCGUCGAUGAGGUUGCUUCUGCUAUCCGCCUUGCAGAUGGUAUUGUCCUCGUAGUAGACGUUGUGGAGGGAGUCAUGAUCAACACGGAACAAAUCAUCAAAUACGCUGUCUCCGAAAAUAUACCAAUGACAUUAGUAUUAAACAAAGUCGACCGACUUAUCCUAGAGCUUAAGCUUCCACCUACCGAUGCAUACUUCAAGCUGAAGCACACGAUUGAGGAAGUAAACACAGUUAUCGAUAGUGCUGCUCCGGGCAGAAGUGAGAGUUUGAGAUUAUCGCCGGAGAAAGGAAAUGUUUGCUUUGCAAGUGCUAGUAUGGGGUGGUGUUUUUCAUUAUCCAGCUUUGCAAAGAUGUAUGCGGAUACUUACUCUGGAGUCAACGUUUCGGAUUUUGCGAAGCGGAUGUGGGGGGAUAUUUUCUAUAAUCCAACAAGCAGGAAAUUUACACGAAAAUCUUUGGAGUCAAAAGCACGAAGAACCUUCGUUCAUUUUAUCCUCGAGCCAUUAUACAAAUUAUAUGCUCAUACAAUCGGAGAAAGUGCUUCUAGCUUAAAGGCAACCCUUGCAAAUCUUGGUAUAUCCCUAAAACCUGCCCAGUACAAGCUAGACGCAAAAGUACUGCUAAAGCUGGUCUGUGAGCAAUUUUUUGGCACCUCUACUGGUUUCGUGGAUAUGAUCGUAGAGCACAUCCCAUCUGCUCUGGAGGGUGCAAAGGCCAAGGUUGAAAAUACCUACACUGGGCCACUCGAUACAGAUAUCGUUGAAUCUAUGAAUACCUGUAACGCUGAUGGCCCAUUGGUUAUUCAAAUCUCCAAACUAUACCACACUAGCGAAGCCAACGACUUUCUCUCUUUUGGUCGUGUUAUGAGCGGAACUGUAAAUCCAAAUAUGCAAGUCCGUGUUCUUGGAGAAGGCUACACACUCGACGAUGAGGAGGAUAUGGUUGUUGCUACAAUCACUGAUUGCUGGAUCAACGAGACUCGAUACAAAAUUCCCAUUAACGGUGUUCCUGCCGGGUGCUGGGUGCUAUUGGGAGGCAUCGAUAACUCGAUUGUUAAAUCCGCCACGGUGGUCGCGCAUAAGAUGAACGAUGAUGCAUAUAUCUUCCGCCCCAUCAAACAUUUUACAGAAUCUGUGUUCAAGGUUGCUGUUGAGCCAGUGAACCCCUCCGAGCUGCCGAAAAUGUUGGAUGGCCUACGAAAGAUCAACAAGAGCUAUCCCUUAAUUGUCACCAAGGUUGAGGAAUCAGGUGAGCAUGUGAUAUUGGGGACUGGAGAAUUGUACAUGGACUGCGUCCUGCAUGACCUACGACGGAUCUUCUCUGAGAUGGAGCUUAAGGUAUCCGAUCCUGUCACACGCUUCUGUGAAACAGUUGUAGAGACCUCUGCGAUCAAAUGUUAUGCGCAAACACCCAACAAAAAAAACAAGAUCACUAUGGUUGCAGAACCACUUGACACGGGGAUUGCAGAAGAUAUUGAAAACGGGAAAGUAUCCAUUAAAUGGCCUAUCCGCAAAGUCGGAAAAUACUUUGAGGAGAAUUAUGGCUGGGAUCUGCUGGCCAGCCGAAGUAUUUGGGCAUUUGGUCCAGACGAGACGGGUCCCAAUAUCUUACAAGAUGAUACAUUACCAAGUGAAGUUGAUAAGAAACUUUUGAACCAAGUAAGGGAUAGCAUUAGACAAGGGUUUGCUUGGGGAACUAGAGAGGGGCCAUUGUGCGAAGAGCCAAUCCGAAAUACAAGGUUUAAAAUUAUGGAUGCCACUCUUGCAUCAGAAGCUAUCUACCGUGGUGGUGGGCAGAUCAUUCCUACGGCACGUAGGGCUUGCUACUCCUCGUUUCUCAUGGCUUCCCCAAGACUCAUGGAGCCAGUAUACUCGUGCUCCAUGACAGCACCUGCAGAUUCCGUGUCUGCUCUUUAUACAGUAUUGGCGAAGCGAAGAGGUCACGUUUUAACUGAUGGGCCCAUCGCUGGUACACCACUCUAUCUCGUCAAGGGUCUCAUUCCUGUCAUUGAUUCAUUCGGUUUCGAGACUGAUCUCCGGAUUCACACACAAGGGCAAGCGUUCUGCUCCCUCGUGUUUGACCGUUGGAACAUUGUCCCCGGAGACCCCCUCGACAAGGAGGUGAAGCUACGGCCAUUGGAGCCCGCAUCUGCGCAGGCCAUGGCUAGAGAUCUCACCCUUAAGACACGUAGAAGAAAAGGUUUGAGUGAGGAUGUGACGAUUGCAAAAUUUUUAGAGCCAGAGUUGCACGCAAUGAUCGAGAGCUCGGGGCUUUUGGAUGGUUAA